CUCCAAAGAUAAUUAUAAUUUCUUUGAUCUCUAUUAUCGAUUAAUGGCACGCGCCAAAUUUAAAUGAAUUUAGAUAAUUAUUAAUUUUUAUUAUUUAUUUUAUACCUUUUAUUAAAUAAAUAUGACAACAAUGAAUUUUCGAAUAAUAAAAUAUAUUUUUGUGAUAAGACGCACAAUGCAGUCAACAAUAAAUGUGGUGAUAAUAAAUAAAGGUUAUACAUCAUGGACUUUAUAUUACAAAUAAUAUUUUCAAGUGAAAUUUUACUCGCAAAAUCUCUAUAUCACGGCGAGAACUUAUCAAACUGCACGUAUAUUUGUAAAAGUGGUGUGAAGUGGGCGUCAAAUGUUAAAAGCAUUCUGCAAGCAUGGAGGAGCUCCUGCAAGACAUCUUCAAGGAAGCUACUGGACCUAAACUGACGACCUUGAGGAAGACUUGUCAAGAUGCAUUGGAAAUACUCUGCAUACAAGAAAGCAAUGCUCGUCGGCCUUCAUACGAGUUGCGGCGCGCGUGUCUCUUGCCGCUGCAAAUCGCGCUAGAGACGAAGAGGCCACGGCUCGUCAGUUUUGCUCUUCAAGGAUUUCAUAAAAUCCUCCGCGACGACAGAUUCCACAGGGGCAUCGAGCCAGAAGACGACUCGUUAUGGAUGCCCUCGCAGUUGCUGUGCGCGACCACUUCGGUCAUGUACCAACUACCAGACACUCAGGUGCAAAUAUUCCGCAUGUAUCUCUCCCUGGCUCUGUCGCCUCGUCGCACACUAAACGGGCGGCUGUGUGUGUGGGCGUGCGGGCGGUGUGCGGAGGCGGCGGCCGCGGCGCACCACGUGGCCGCUGCCGCCCGGGCCGCUGCGGCACAGGCCUUGAGGGCUUACUGUGCACAGCUGGAUGAAGAAUGUCAAGAACUGUUGUCAGAAGGCUCUCCCCUGGGCAGGAACCACAUAGUAGCGGUGGGUUGUUACAGCGAAGUGAUUCCAGUCAUACAGUACUUAUGCAGCAGACUGUCCGAGACUCAACAAAUCCCUAAACAAAACCCGCUAGCUCUUUUCUUCCUGGAUUGCUUAUUGACUUUGAUGUCAAGUUUAUCUGAACGAGUAAGCGACAAUUCACACUUCACAACGUUCCUGUGGCAGAAGUUUUGUCCUUCGCUCAUAUCUUUCUUAGGAACUCCUCGAGUGGACAAAAACAUUAAAUCAAGAGAGCACGAAGGCCAUUCAGUGGAUGAUUCAGGAAGAGGCUCUGGCGCCCUGAAUUCAGCUCCAAGUUUCAACAAUAAACAAGCUAAAGCUAUUUACAGCAUAGCGAACCAGCUGGUCCGCCUGGUGGGCGGGCUGCCGGGGCUGCGGCCGGUGCUGGAGGCGCUGUACCACCGCAUGCUGCUGUACCCGGCGGCGGCGCACCGCCUGGACGCGCUGCGCAGCGCGCGCGAGCUGCUGCAGGCGCGGCGCCUCGCGCGGCUCGUGUUGCUGCUCGACGCGCGGCUCGACGCGAGGCUCGAGCGCCACGAGCGCAGUGACGACAUGGCUAUACUACGCCUAAUAAUGGACGGGAUAGAAGAAUGUGGGCGCAGCGGUAAUCCAGACAUCGUAGCAGCCGCCGUAGAAUGCGUAGUGUCUCUACUGGAUGCUCUAGAGAAACUAUGCUCUGGAACUGAGGAGUAUCUAUCACCAGAAGUCGUUUCACUCAUACUGCAGCAUUGGCCGAAGUUACAGGACGCGGAUUACACAGGACCACUGACGUACCAGACUUUAGCUAGACUGCCUAGUCCUUACAGAGAUGUCGUUGCUGUACUUCAAAGUAAUGAACCAAAGGAACACGAUUCUUCAGACACAUCGGGACCAGAAAACAUAAGUUCCGGCAGCGAUGGUGAAGCAGAUUCGGAUGCUGAUAAUGUCUUCCUACCGACCAGAGCCAGCAACCCGACUUGUAAUGAUACUAACAAGAUAACACUCAAUGACAAAACCAAAGCUGUGCCGAGGACGUUGAAUCUUGGCAGAUGUACCAUAACAGAGUGCAAUGUCGACCUAGAGAGACAUAACGCGAGGCAGUUUGUGAAAACCUUACAAAACACAUUGCUACCAAAACUGCUGAACCUCAGGACUUGUAUAGAGGUAGACGAAGCGAUGCAAGAGUUCGCGUCCAAGUGUUGCCAACACAACGCGGCGCAGCCUCCCGCCACCUCGUGCAUCAUGAACGCUGAUGGCGUCUACCUCGCCACUUACGAAGCCUUGUUGUUGACUUUGAAGCAAAGGAGGACUAAUUACUAUAGUGAUCCUACGGUAAAUAAAGUUCAAGUAUCAAUGACAGAAGACGAGUUCGUGGAGGAGGUCCAAGGUAGUGGAGUGCUGGUGUACUUGUCAGCGACGUGGCUCCGAGAGCUGUACCAACAGAUAUUAGCGAACGACUUGUUGAAGGAUGCUCCACUAUCUGAUCAUCCGCUAAUCCACUUGUUGUCAGAUCUGGGUGGGUUAGACCAAAGCCCCGUGAUGUCUGACUGGCAAAAACUGAAGGAAGUUUCAAUGUUGUACAACAACACGAAUGAUUCGCCACAACAACAGGCGAGUUUACGAUGGGCAAGGAGAAUUCUUACGUGCAUAUGGGAUUCGAUGGUAACAGUAUUGAGCGUGCCACUAACAGGCUACAGGAACAAGAAGCAGAAGUUGCACGGCAUCAUAUCGAAGAAGAUCAAUACGUUCGGUAAAAGGAAACGAAUUGCGUGGGAGGGUCUCACGAUACAGUGCUUGGAGGGACUGCACAAGGCAGCAAGAGUGAGCAACACUUUAAGUUUGCAAAACCGAUGCAGCAGUAUUCUGGCUUUAUUAGCAAACUCAGCUAUAUCGCAACCACCCAAUGGCAAAAUAUUAUCAACGCAUGCUCUCUCGCUGGAUAUACUGAUUACAGGUGGUCUAGAGCUUGGUUCCAAAGCUCACGAAUGCUGGGAGCACAUAUUCGCAGCGUGUCAGUACGUGUCGAGUUUCGAACAUGCUCUGUUUGGACACCAGGGUAACAAUGCUACACCGAUAGUCACCAUGCAGACUGGCAGGAACAAGACAGUGUCGAUACUGCAGGCUGAUGCGAAAUUAGGACUGGAUGGCAGGGAUGAUGAGACUUGCGUAGAUGUUUUCAACUUUUUACAACCAGUACUUGAAAAUCAUCUGAAUAAUGACAUGUCAGUCGCUAAAAUUGUCGAAACAUGUCGUCAAGAGGGUGGUAACGUGAUAUCAGGUUCGGGCGCGGCCCGAGUGUGCUGCGCCUUGUCCGCCGCCGCCGACACACUGUUCACACGACUCGCCGCCACCACCACACUACCCACUUUACGAGCUGCUCUACAGAGGCUGGUGGCGCAUCAGCAUAGACUGCUAUUCUCAUCAUGGGAGCAAGACAUAGCGAACAACAACGCGACGUGGUGGCGUCGCGGAAGUAAUAACCGCGGGGCGGGGGGAGGGGGCGAGGCAGUCAGGGCCCUCUGUCGGGGAGGGGACGUGGCACUCCGCUGUCUAAGGGCUGCGAGACCCUUGGCGCACCGCAUGGCGAUAUGGACCGUUGUAGGACCGCACUUUAUGCAGGCAGCCUGUCACAAGGACAUACAAAUUUCAAGCCUAGCGAUACAAUGUCUCCACGAUUGUGCCACAGCACUUCUGAACCAGCAAGUGGAAUUACCGCAUUUCCACUUCAACGAAGCACUGUUGAAACCCUUCGAAAACCUUCUUUGUCUAGAGCUUUGUGAUGAUGACAUUCAGGAACAAAUUAUUUCUUGCAUCUGUGAAUUCGUUGAAACAAACAGAAUGGAAAUCAGGUCGGGAUGGAGGCCAUUGUUUAACACUCUACGUGCUGCUAACAACGCUAAUCAAUACUCUGCUAUUCUAGAAAUUUUCAAAGUGUUUCUCAGCACCGAUAAUACUUUGGUCUUCGCUAAUGCAGCACUCGAUUGCAUUUUAUGUCUCCUGAGUCAUAUUAAAGGUUUACAUUACGAAGAAGUACAAGCUACUGAAGUCAAACCGAAAAAAACAACUACUCCAACGCAAUCGAAACCGAAUCUCAGUUUGAAAUUCUCAAAGAAUAGCAAAUUUAUUCCACUAAGCGAGGAGAAAUCGGAGAAGGUCAUAGUUGAUAUGUGUAGAGAGGCAUUGUAUCACUUGGAGAGUUGUGCAGAUAUUUUAACUAUGAUGUACAAUAUGCCUAAAUGCCCCAUAUUCAACACAGGAAACAGAAUUAAAGGAGAUCUACCACUAUCUGUCGUUGAUCCUAUAAUACCCAGCACGUCUUUAGAUAUUACUAAAUAUGUGACCAAUGAGCAUUGCGAAGAAGAAUUAAUUUCUUACAAAAAACUUUCCACAAGUCUACCGCCAUCUAAUACAACGAACAAUUGUCUGUUGAAAUUAGACAAACCAAGUAACAUACUGAAAGUCUGGUACGUUUUGAUCGAGGGACUGAUUUCCGCCACAGUAGUAUGUUCCAAGAAAAAUCAACCAGCGGCAAUGGAAACUCUGUUUAAGUUACUAAGGAAUAUAGUAGACGUGCCUGGAACUCAUUUUGGCCUUCACUGUAUAAAUCAUAUUUUAUUGCCUACAGUACAAAAUUGGCUGAGGCAGAUAGCUAACGUGAACACGCACUGGGAUAGUGUGAUGCCAAAUUUCAAACAAUGUUGCGGCUUAACUACAGACACCAUUGUGGUGUAUUUGCACCAUUUACAACAAAUAAACGUUGAAAGAUCCACUACAACUGACAAAGGAGAAGUAAUAGAGAUUGAACCAUUUGAAAGCACUGAAGCGACAUUUGCAUUGAAGCAAAUUAUGCUGAUUUUAGUGGAAUGUAUUGCGCAACCGCAAGAACCUAUUGCCAGACUGGGAGCAUCGUGUAUACGACAUAUAAUAUUGACGUCGGGGCAUUUAUUAACCGACAAUCAGUGGGAAGUCGUUUGCACUAGUCUGCAUAGAGCGUGCAAUGUCAGCUUGACGCCACUGAAACAGUUGACGUAUGCUUUUAAAGAAAAUUCCAACAGCUUCUAUGGCGAUUUAGCUAUCGUUAAAGUAGCAGCGCGCCGUGAUUGCUCAGUGAAUGACAACGUGAGACUUCACGCGAUGGCUCAACAAGUAUUUCUAACUGAACAACUAAAAGGAGAGAGUCACGCGAAAGCAACAUCUAAAAAUUCUUCACAAAACUUAAUGCUCAUUGAUGACAGAAGCUACAUCUUCCUCAUCUAUUUACAAGAGUCUAUCAAUUCUCUGAAUCCAGAGUUGUAUACUGUCAGGAUUCCCCACAGAGGGUUAGUUGUAGGAUUACUUGCACACCAAAUAUUAAUUCAGAUAAUCGCAACCGUUCUAAUUCAAGCAUCAUCGGAUGUAUUUCACGGAAUCAACAGUAUUCUAUUGGAGAGUUUAAAAACUGGUGCAAAUAUUUGCAAUUACAAAUUCUUCUUGAGCUGUGAUAAUGUUGACUUAUUAUUGAAAAGUUUAGAAUUGUCUUUUAGAAGGGCAAUGCAAUUUGAUACGAGACCAGGACUAAAGUUUUUGGUACAAAAAGUAUCAAAUUUGGACCACGCUGCAAAUUUGUACAAACAAACAACAUCGUCCUGGCUAAUCAAAAUUAUCGCUCUGACGGAAAUAUUCUUCAGCGGUGUCCAUAGAUUUAAAUUGAAGGCAACAGACAUAUCAAUAAUUUUACACAAUUAUACUACAUCAUUAAAUUUGACUCUUGAGUACGACCAAUUUGUGACCAAAAUAUUCGACUUAAAAAAUACUUGGGAACUACUGUGCAACAGUUACGUGAAACAUUUAAUUAACGUGUCUGAUUUUGACGACCCAGACACAAUUAAAGACCGAAUGUCGUGCAGUUCUAUAGACAGCGACUCGUCUUCUAAUCAAUAUGAAAGAUAUUAUGCUCAAAAUACAGCUGCUAUGUCUGGAGAAAAUAAUGCUGAUUGUAAAGAUAAUGAAAAUAAAAAAGAUGAAGAAAACAUAGAUAAGCCAAAUAGAAAACCAUUUACUUUCGCAGACUUUAAAGCAAACAGUCAAACAACAGUAAAGGUUGAUGUACAUGCUGAAAAUGACAGUCCAGCCAAUAACGUUGGCUCUGGUGACGAGGCUAGCGCAUCUUCAGAUAAUGAAGUUACUAAAGAGAUAAAGGACAGAACUGAAAGCCCAGUAAUCAAAACUAUUAAUGUUAUUGAGCACCCUGAGAGUCCUAUUAAGGAACAGAAGUUGAGUACAUCAGACUCCAUAGAAAAACGAAUAGAUGGACGAAAGGUGAACAUUACAAUAUGUGAUGGAGGUCUACAAGAGAAACCUAAAAACAUUGAACCUUUGAUUCCACCACAGCCUGUACCGCCGGAAAUAGAGCAGCAAAGAGCAGUCAGCAUAAGUAAAGACACUGAAGUACAACGGAACUGCUUCCAAAACAUACUAACUGCAUAUCUGGAACUAGUGUUGACAUUUUCCCUCGAUCGCUUCCAACUGAUCCACCCGGUGCUUCAGGGUGGUUUCGUGCAACUCGCCAAAACAGUCACCGACCCUCAACUGCUUGAUAGAAUCAAUAUAUUUUUCGACAAAAAAGACUUAUCAGAAUUUAAUUAUAAGUGAUCAAUUAUUUGUGAUAUAUAAACUCACAUUGUAACGUUAUAUUCCUCGUUUGUUCAGUGUUACGUGAAAAAUAAAAUCGUAUUGUACUUAA